CUCCUCACCAACACCCAUAUAAACGAAGGUAUAGCCUAAGAGAUUUGCGACACAUCUCGCAAUGGCUCUUCCUGCUUUGCUCACAAACUUCCUCCCCUCCUCGAUCCGCCCUAACCAACACUCUUUCUUACUCGUCAGUCGCCCUUGCUCCUCCUUCUCCUCUCCCUCCGCCAUCUCCUCCGGUGCUCGGUUUGCGAAAUGUUCUUUGACUAUUGAAGAUCAAGAUACUGCGAGACGUUCAGCGAACUGGAAACCUAGCGUUUGGGACUAUGGCUCUGUGCAGUCACUCAAUACUGAUUUCGCGGAGGAUAAAUAUACAGAGCAAGUUCAAAGGUUGAAGGAAGAAGUCAAGGGUCUAUUCCACAGGGAGAUUAAUCAGGUGGCCAAGCUCGAGUUCAUUGACGUGGUUCAAAGGUUAGGACUAGGAUACCAUUUUGAGACGGACAUCAAGAACGCUCUUAGUUCCAUCUAUAACAACACUAAAGAUGCUCAGCUUUCAAACGAUCUCUAUGCCGUUUCCCUUCGAUUCCGGCUACUCAGGCAACAUGGAUAUAACUUACAGCAAGAUGUGUUUCAAAGGUUUAUGAACAAGAUGGGCACAUUCAACAAAUCGCUCAAGGAGGAUGUGAGGGGGCUUCUUAGUCUUUAUGAGGCUUCUUUCCAUGGAUUGGAAGGUGAAACCAUAGUUGAUGAAGCUUGGAACUUUGCUUCUAAGCAUCUGAAGGAUCUAAACCUCGACGAAGUUCCCGCUAACCUAGCGAGCAACGUGAGUCAUGCAUUAGAUAUGCCAAUCCACUGGAGGCCAAACAGGUUGGAGGCUCGGUGGUUCAUGGACACAUACGAGAAACAGCAAGACAAGAUCCCUUGUUUGCUACAAUUUGCUAAAGUAGACUUCAAUAUAGUGCAGUCAAUCCAUAAGAAGGAAGUCAGCAACAUGGCAAGGUGGUGGGUUGAACUUGGAGCGAAUAAGAUGACCUUCUUUAGGGACAGGCUAGUGGAACACUAUUUUUGGUGUUGUGCAAUGGUUUUUGAGCCUCAAUAUACAGAAUUCAGAGAAAUGACGACAAAACUCACUUGUAUGGUGACACUUAUUGAUGACGUUUACGAUGUGUAUGGGACAUUGGAAGAGCUUGAGGUCUUAACAGAUUUCAUUGUCAGGUGGGACAUCACGGACGUCGAUAAGCUUCCUCUAAAAAUAAGGGCUUGUUUCCUGGCCUUGUACAACACGACCAACGAAAUUGGGUAUUGGAUGAUGAGAGAGCGAGGAAUCAACCCUAUCCCUCACAUGCGGAAAGUGUGGGCGGAUGAAUGCAAGGCAUACAUUAAGGAGGCACGUUGGUACAACAAGGGCAUUAAACCGACACUGGACGAGUACGUGGACAAUGGGGUGACUUCAAUUGGAGGACUGAUUAUGCUGUUGGGUAGCUACUUCCUAACCACGGACAAACCGACGGAAGAGGGACUUGAUUACGUGUCGAAUAUCCCAAGUGUCAUGCAUUGUUCUGCCAAGAUCCUUCGACUCAACAAUGAUCUCAGUACAUCAUCGUAUGAAUUGGCACGAGGGGACAACUUCAAGGCACUAGAAUGCCAUAUGAAUGAAACUGGUGCUUCGGAAGAGGCCACACGGGAACACAUCAAGCACCUAGUGCGCAAGACCUGGAAGAGGAUGAAUCGAGACGUGUUUGAGGACUACCCAUAUUCCGGGUUUGGACCUUUCCUCGGUGCCUGUUUGAACUUGGCGCGAGCUUCCCAGUGCUUUUACCAGUAUGGAGAUGGACAUGGCCUUCCCGAUCAUGAGACCAAGGCCCAUAUUGUGUCGGCUUUAUUCGACCCGGUGCCCCUUGAUUAGAGAUGCAUUAUUAUUGAUCGAGGUCGUCUGGCUUUUCGAGGAAGCCUUUUACAUUACGCGCUUCUCUUAGCUUUGGGGAUGUGUCUAUGUGCUCUAAGAUAUUGAUAAGUGUUUGUACAAGCUUCAUAGGAUUAGCCGGAGAAGCACUUGCUGUUCCGUGCUUCGUGUUCUGGCUGAUCAACGGAAAUUAAUAAUGAUAUUUGUGGUGACGAACGUUUACUUUACGCUAAA